AUGACGUCGCCAAUUAGUAACGACUCGUUUCUACAGUGGGAUGCAGCCCAAGUAUCAACAUACAUAAACUCAAUUUUACCCCACGAACAACGACGCAUCGGUAAUGUAUUUCUAGACAAUAAUGUGGAUGGAUCGUUACUUCCCUUUAUCACAACAGAACAUUUGAAGGAAAUUGGCAUCAUUUCACUUAAAACACGCCUCGUCAUCAAGAAAGGAAUCAGUGAUCUUAUUGCGGCCCAUUAUUCCAAGUAUCCACCAAAAUCAUUUAGUGACCCUGAUUACAAGUUGAACCAUGUCAACAUUAACAAUAAUUAUACAACAGUUGAAUCUUUGAAUCUAUCUACAGUAUUAAUGCAGGAUAUGAUGAAAAAGCUAAGCUAUGAGUUGCACAAACAGAAAUCAACAUUUGUUGCUUCUUCCCCAGUUUCUCCAACACAUGAUGAAAUGAAGAAACUCAACGACAAUUUCAUCAAGCUCAAAACGGAUUUGAUACCUAUAAUAAGAUUAUUGAAAGAUUCCAAGCCAUUGCCAACGCCAACUCUAGAUCCUGGUCCAGCAGCAAGUAUGGAUUCACCUUCGUACUUUUCGUCACACCAUCAUUUGGAACAUGACAGUUUUGAAAAAGGUCUAUCUCGAUCGGGAAGCGGUAAUGCUAUGGCCAGUAACAAUAGGACACCAACAACAAUCCCUAGCCCAUCAUCUAAUAGGUUUUCUUCGGGAUCAUUAUUAUCUAUGGGAACUGGGAAAAUAAUGUCGCAAUCGGUUCCAAAAUAUCCCGAAAAUAAAGCAAAUAAUGAUUUCACCUUACAAAAACUUGGUCUACCUAGAAAUAACUCAAAUAAGAGUUUAGAAUCUCACGAUAGACAGCAAAAUGCUGCAGGUGUUAGACCAAGAUUAGUGCAAAACCCAUCGUCUAGCUCAAUGCAUACAGUCACAUCACCGAAUGGCAUACCGCCACAGUCUGCCGCGGCAGUAGCAACCGCAGCAAUAAAUGGUCACGGUAGCGGCUAUAUCCCACAAGUUUCUACUCCUCCCAACCAGUUGGGCCAUCACCACAAUCCCGGAACUGAGCCGUUGAAACAACUCAGGGCUUCAACUGACGACUCGUGUUUGAAGAUUCUACAACAAGCCAUGAAACGACACCAUAUACCUCGUGAGGACUGGUCAAGAUAUGUGUUGGUUAUAUGUUACGGUGACAAGGAGCGAAUUUUAAAAUUAGCUGAGAAGCCUGUAGUGAUAUUUAAAGAACUACAGGAAUUGGGAAAACACCCUGCUAUUAUGCUUAGACAAUUGGCAGAUUCUUCAACGGAUGAUUCGGGCCCUGAAUCUGCAAUUUAUAAUGAUGCUAGAAUAGGUACCGAAAUUCCUGGUGGGACUUUGUAG